AUGCUCUCCUUAUCAGGCAUCGUAGCCUGGGGUACUCUCCUUGCAACGGCGAUCAGUGCUCAUGAGGCCGAAGCCUAUCCACCCAAUGCCACCAUUUCCAACACCACCACGUCUAUGUUCCAACUUAGCAAAGACACCGAGUUCUCAUUCAUCCUUAGCGAAUAUCUUUCUCUCGCCAACGAAGGUGGUAGUGCCACGGGAGAAGUCCUACGCGCUGCUGCUGUGAUCGAACCGAACAACCCAGAAAGCUGGUACCACGAAUUCAAGUUUCUUGCAGACAAGAUCCAUGAACAGGCAGUUGCGGCUGAGAAGCAGAAGGACUGGGUCUCUGCUCGCUCAGCCUACUUCAGAUCAUCAUCUUACUAUAGAGGUGCCGACUUCUUCUUACAUGGUAACCAGUCUGAUCCCCGAAUCAGUACUCUCUGGCAGAAACAGAACGCGAGCUUCACAAAGGCUGUCAACCUUCUUCCCAAGCCUCCGACCUUUGUGGAGUUGAAGGCCACCAAAUUCACUGUUCCCGCAUACUUUUACCCGGCAGAUGCUCAACUCCCUGCCGGAAAACGCCUUGGCUACGAAAGGAAGAUCCCAACAGUCAUCGUUGGAACCGGUUAUGAUGGGUCUCAAGAGGCUCUCUAUCAUAGCAACUGUCGGGAGAUCAUUCAGCGUGGCUGGAACUGCAUCACAUACGAAGGUCCAGGACAAGCGACGGUGCGUCGACAGCAGAAUCUCGGCUUCGUGCCUGAGUGGUGGGAGGCCGUCACUCCCGUUGUCGACUAUGUUCGCAGUCGGCAUGAUGUUGACCCUGACCGAGUUGCUCUUAUUGGCAUGUCUUUUGGUGGACUUCUUGCACCGUUGGCUGCGACACAUGAACAUAGAUUGGCAGCAGUACUUGCAAUCGACGGAAUGCUCAACCUUCAACGUUCCAUCCUGGAGCAGUUUCCUCCGGCUUUGACCAAGCUCUUCCUUUCAGGUAACAGCACUGCCUUUGAUGAUGAGAUCUAUAGUCUUCUCAAGAACCCUAAGCUUCCAACGGCUCUUAGCUGGCCGAUCAACCAAGGGAUGUGGGCAUGGAACACCAAGAGUCCUUUCAAGUGGCUGACCAUGGUGGGAGAGUUUAACCUUGACAAGCGGAGCCUCUCCAGGAUCAACUGUCCCGUCCUUGUUGCCUCGGGCCAGGAUGAUAUGACUGCCCCGGAACAGCCAGAGGAGAUGGCUAGGGCUUUGGGAAAGGAGGCGCAUUACGUUUUGUUUAAGACUGAGUUGGGGUCAGGGGUUCAUUGUGCCAUUGGGGCGGAGAACCAGCUUGCUCAGGAAACUUUGGGCUGGCUUGAGGGAAUCUUCGACAAAGUCUCCAAGUGA